CGUUGUGAGAACUGUCCGACCGGGUCCAGGCAUGGGGCUGUCUCUGCAGCCUUGUCGGCUGUGAGUGAGAACAGCCGAGUUGAGGAAAUUGUGGCCAGACAGGCAGCGAGGCAGUUCUCCCCCUCGUCCCCUGUGCCUGGUGGCUGCACACAGCGUCUGCUGGGAGCCGUACAGCCAGGCUGACCCUGUGUCCUGUGGGAUGUUGGGCCAAGCUCUCAGCCUCACGCUCCUCCUGCUCCUUAAGGGGCAUCAGGGUCAAGAAGCCCCGGCCGAGAGUCUGGUUGCACUGGCAGGAACUUCUCUCUGGCUGCAGCCCCACAGCAUGCAGACGAGGGCACAUUCUGUGGAUUGGAGGGUAAAGCUGUCCUCAAAGCGAGAAUUUAAUACGAUACUCACGUGGAAGAAUGAAUCUGUGUCGGACAACAUACGUUGGUUUCACAGUAAUUUGAGCAACAGAUUCAGUUUCGUGACUAAGAACCUAACUCUUCUCAUCAAGGAAGCCCAGCAGCAGGACAGCGGCCUCUACGUCCUGGAGGUCACCAACAAUUCUGGGGGUGUUUGCAGACACCAGUUCUGUGUUUCUGUGUUUGAGCAUGUUGGAAAGCCCCUCCUGUGCCAGCGGGGGAAGUUGAAAGCAGUGGACAGAGGGACAUGCCAAGUGAAUCUGUCCUGCUCAGUCACCAGAGGUGCUAACGUGAACUGCAAUACCGUGAGCUAUGAGAACGUGAGCUACAGUAACGUGAGCUACACCUGGUAUAGAGGGAGUGAGCUGAUCCGGGCAGGGAGGGACCUCAGCACACUGGAAGAGCAGAUUGAUGCCAAAGGCGAGCACACAUAUACUUGCAGUGUCAGCAACCCCGUCAGCCGGGCGAACUACACCCGCAGACUCACCUGUGCGAGUACCCAGCAGGAAUUCAGCUUUCUGAUCUUCCUGGUGCCCAUCGUGUUUCUCAUAAUCACCCUGCCCCUCGGCGCCCUCGGCUACUUCUGUGUGCGCAGACGGAAGAGGAAGCAGUCACAGCCCAGCCCAGAGGAAAUGCUGACAAUUUAUGAAGAAAUCAACAACUUGCCAAUCAGGAGAAAUCAAACCCGCGAUCUGCUUGGAUUACAUGUUCCCGUACUGUCUGUUGUGCAGGAGCAGCAGCAGAGUCUGCCUGGAGAAGGGAGCACCAUCUACUCCAGGAUCCAUUCCCAGCCUUCUGCUUCCACAUCACCAAAAACUGAAAAUACAUUGUAUUCACUAGUGCAGCCUUCCCGGAAGGUGAGUCUCCGCCUGCAGGGGGCGCUACUGAAGCAGUCUGGAUCCAAGAAGAGGAACCACAGCUCUUCCUUUAUCAGCACUGUCUAUGAAGAGGUUGGAAAGAGACAACCCAAAGCCCAGCGUCCUAUACGCCUGAGCCAGAAGGAGCUGGAGAACUUUUGUGCGUACUCCUAGUGCCGCAGCUGUUCACACAUCUCCUGUGUCCCAGUGUCUGCUCUGGGCAUCACCAUGCUGGGGUGGGGCGCCACAUGAGUCUCUGCACCAUGGUCCCCAGUCUGGAGAAGAUACGGGAGUUUGUUCAUAGACUGUAUUUUGUUCUGAAAAUGAUUUCUAACAGCCAUUGUAAGAGCAGGACUGUUAAACCAUCUCUCUCAACUUACAAAGCGGACCAGAGUGGGGGGAGACUUUGGGUAGCUUACAAAAGACUGCACAGCAAGUUCAGGUACCGUAAACUGUCAGUGCCCACGUACCUGUAUGGGUUGUUAUUCUCCUCAAGAUUCUCUUUCCCUGCUUUUCUAA